UGCUCCGUGGCGUUUCGGUUUUUUGCUUACACCGGUAGUUAGGGGUUUGGGCCCGUUGGGCGAUUUUGAAUCCGGGUCGAAGAAGGUGGAAGCAUUCUCACCGAGCCUUCGGAUAUAAAUUUCUGCUCGCUUACCAUAGGGUUGUUGACGAGGAACGAAUAGGGGGGUUUUUGUAUUUGCUCGCGCUUUCGUAUGCAGAGAUUUAUCGAGUUCUAGGUGUGACUUUUGAGGAAUUGGCAAGAGAUUUAUCAUGUUUCUUGCCAAUUGAUGCUUGUUCUCUGAAUAUUGGCGGGGUGCGAUUGCUCGGCGCUUCGGUUUUCUUCGGGUUUUUCCGAUUUAGCCGCCAUCAGGGACUUGAUUCAUUGGUCAAAUCUGUUUGGGGUUUGCACGAAGCUGUGCUUUCGCAGGAUUCGGAUGUGUUUAAGAGUGCCCCUCUUUUCAUAUCUUCAAAAGAUAUCGCAGUAUGUGAGGACAACCUCGAGUCCUAGCCUGUCAAUAUGGAGGAGGAAGAAGGAGAUCGGGAAAGAGGGUUUGAUUGUGGCCAAGGAGCUCAAGCGUCUCCAAUCCAACCCAGUCCGGCUCGACCGGUUCAUCAAGUCCCACGUCUCGCGGCUGCUCAAGUCCGACCUAGUCUCUGUCCUUGCCGAGUUCCAGAGGCAGGAUCAGGUCUUUCUCUGCAUGAAGUUGUAUAAUGUGGUGCGCAAAGAGAUAUGGUACCGGCCGGACAUGUUUUUCUACAGGGACAUGCUGAUGAUGCUCGCAAGGAACAAAAAUGUGCAUGAGUUGAGGCGUGUGUGGGAAGAUCUGAAAAGGGAGGAAGUUCUGUUUGAUCAGCACACUUUUGGGGACAUAAUGAGGGCCUUCUUGGAUAGCGGACUGCCCUCGGAGGCUAUGGAGAUAUACGACGAAAUGAGACAGUCUCCUGAUCCUCCACUCUCGCUGCCUUUCCGCGUGAUAUUGAAAGGGCUUAUUCCGUACCCAGAAUUGAGAGAGAGGGUGAAGGACGACUUCCUGGAGCUCUUUCCGAGCAUGAUUGUGUACGACCCACCUGAAGACUUGUUCGAAGAUGAAGAAUUGAUAAAGGAGAGUGAAGAUGAUUAGAGGCGCUCUUCAUGAAGUGGUGUUAUAUAUCUUUGGACUCAUCACUCCUUUUUCUUAUUUACAGAAUGAGUCUUCCUAAGGUACUCUCAUUGCUCGAUUUCAUCCUUUUAACUAA